CCGUGCAUCGGGAUGCUUGUAGCCUGCAACCAAGCUCCGCACACAGUUCGGUACUGACUCAACGGAGAAUAGGUGGUUGAAGCAGUGCGUCGAGCUUGUUGGUCUAUUCCUUGCUUGGAACCUGGGGUAUAUUUCUGUAUGUAAUGAACAGGGGAUACCGCGGUUGAGACGAUGAUGGCUGCAACGAUGGAGAGGAAUGUGUUUGUGUUUUUUCUGAUUGUCGGAGCAGUGACAUGCGUGAGAGAAGAUGUGAUAUUCGACAUGCAGAUGCUGGGUAAAUUAGGCUGGACCACGUACACUACCAGCGACAGGAGUGGGUGGAUUGAGAUGACCCAGAAAACAAACGGACGUCUCCAUAAUGUCUAUUCCGUGUGCGCCAAACGGGGUACCGAUGUUAAGGACUGGGUGGUCACCCCGCCUAUACUCACCAAUGGCAGCGAUACGGUGUAUCUAAAGCUGAAAUACAGCAUCCGGGAGUGUCUUGGUGAAGACGUACCUGUAUGUCAUAUUGACAUGUACAGCUACCAAACCACCACCGCCGUGCCUAUUCCAAUCUACAGCAAGUGGGACCACCUUCAGUACAUCAACACGUCAGCUCCUAUCUCUGAAUUUACCAGCAUCGUCGAGGUAAACGAACUCUCAAUGGCGAUCCCCUUGAGCAGCACUGGCAACAAGAUCUCAUUUGGAUUCAAGGAUGAAGGAUCGUGUUCGAAAAUCAUAUCCCUGAAAGUUUCUGUGAUAUUCUGUGAGGCGGUCUCAACGUCUUUAAUGACGUUUCCGGAGACGUCGACGAUGACGUCUGACAGAGUGGUCAAAGGAGAGUGUAUUGACAACGCUGAAGCAACAACGCCCGAGUUAACAUCUGUAUGCAAACCGGACGGGACCUGGGGUGACAUUACAGGAGAAUGCGCAUGCGCGGAAGGCUAUGAAGCAGAAAAAGAGACAUGUUCUGAAAUAAUUGUCUCUGCCUGUGGAACCACUAGUCUCUCCACUGUUGCCAUGCUAUCCGGGCUGGUCCUGUCAGUGACGUGGAUUUGAACCGAUGCAAUCUUCUUAUUCGACGACUCAGGACUUCAUUUGGAAGCUCUUUUAAGACCUCUGUUUACUUUGUUACGUUUGUCUGAACUUUUCAACGGAAAAAACCUCAUUUAGUACAGUUGCUAUUCGUUUCAGUUGAUUCUGUAUUUGUUCAUAGAAGCCUUGGGUGUAUCCAAAGUGGUAGCCUUUGCGGACAAUACAUCAAGCACUAUCUGAUUUUCUGGCAACGACAUGUUUUUAAAGGUUUUGCAUAUACUCAGUGGUUAAAGUAUCUGUGAUCAAAUAGAUAUUUAUAAUAAUGACGAUGACAUAAGGACAUUAUGUCGUCAUGUUUUACAGAUGAAUCGGCCUUUUCAUGGUGUAUUCCGUAAAUAUUAAUCCUGCACCAAACGGCUACGAUAUUAUGGUCUUGAGAACAAGCUCAUGGUUAUUUAUGCUUUGGUUGUUCAGUGAAACCUUUUUAACCCGGAUACGUUAAUCUUGUAACCCUGAAAUUCGGACACGUUAAUCGUGAAAGCCUGAAAUCCGGACACGUUAAUCAUGAAACCUUGAAAUCCGGACACGUUAACCUUGUAACCCCGAAAUCCGGACACGUUAAUCGUAAGACCCUAAAACCCGGACACAUUAAUCUUAUUACCCUUCAAUCCGGACAUUUUAACCUGGUAACCCUUCAAUCCGGACACGUUAAUCGUAAGACCCUUCAAUCCGGACACGUUAAUCUUGUAACUCCGGAUGAUUAUUGUUGUGAACGUUUAUAUAGAAAGUAAAGCACCGGUUCUUUGAUCCAGAUGACUUCCCUGGAAACAGUAUCUCCAUAUCUAACGGGGUUUCAAUGUAUUAUAACCGUCGGGGAUUAUGGAAUCUUAGGGUCCAUGUAACCUAAAAUAAUAGUUUGAAAAUAUUGCGAUAACUGCAUUAUUGUCAUUGAUACAAUAUGUCGUUUGUGUACGUUAAGGCGUAGAGUUUGCUAGAUCAUAUCUCGUCAUAUCCGUUGUUGUGAUUCACACUGCUGGUUAGGGCAUUUUGUAUGAAUGCCAUACACAAGUUGAGUUUUUUGUUUGUUUUGUUGUCAAGUAUAAAAGUUGACGUUUUUAAAUCAUGACACUAGCUGUAAAAGGUCUUACAGACCACCAUACCUAGUGGUUUUGAAAACUUUUGUGUUAAUUGUUAUCUUUUUUCUUCCGAAAUACAUGUAAUUAUAAUCGAAGCAUGUUAAAGAUUUAUUAAAGUUUUAUUAUCAAUAUUAUAUCAAAUAAAAUUGAGAUUGAUGAAUGUUGUAGUAUCACUAUUAUAUCAAAUGAAAUUGCCGUUAUAUCUGCAUCUUCGUGAUUAAUACUGCUGGUGUAUAACGCGUUAUUAAAUCAGAUAGAGAAAAUGAUUUGCGAAGAAAUGGCAAAUUUGUUGUUGGCAAUGUUAUUGUUAAUAUAUCAAGGUUUGUUGUUUAAUAUAAGAUAUUUUAUAACUCUAAAGUAUUAUUCAAACUAUUCAUUGCAGAGGAGCAGGUUUCUUUCUCUGGCUCGGGGGCUCAUUUCAACAGAUCAUGUUGUACAAUGAGACGAGUUUUGUAGUUAUAACUGAGAGUGUUGCCUGUAAUGGAAUACAUAUUCCAUAUAGCAAAACUUUGAUAAUACGAACUCCAUUGACGGGUUAUAUCUUUACGAGAAUGUGGCAUACGUUACGCUUUUGCCUUCCAGGUUCGAACAGGUGACUUGUAACACGUUGGAUGGUAUUCAAGACUUCGAGUUAUCAAUGUUUGGCUUAGCCGGAUCAGAUACAGGUAUGACUUAAUGUGAUACAGGAUGUUUUAUCUAGUUCUUAUUGACAAUAAUUAACAACCAUGUACUAUGUAUGUAAAACGACUUUGCAUUGUGAUGACGUAAACUGACGGGCAAAAAGAACAUACACUUGAAAAAUGGAUUUCAAAACGUUGCUAGGCUACAAAAAACUGUCGCCGAAACACUGCUAGCAUUGUGUCCAAAACACACUUAUGAUACCCGUAUCAAAAACAAUACCAUCGUGUAAGCAUUUAUUGUUUGUUUCGGGGCUGUCGGGUAGCCUAGUGGUUAAAGCGUUCGCUCGUCACGCCGAAGACCCGGGUUCGAUUCCCGUCAUGGGUACAAUGUGUGAAGCCAAUUUGUGGUGUCCC